AUGGCGACCUCUACGCUCAAUCCAAACACUCAGAUCUUCGUGCCGUUGGUGUAUCGCGCAGUGGAGGACUUCUCCGACCAGUGGUGGGAUCUCAUCCGCUCCUCUCCCUGGUUCCGCGAGUGCUACGCCGAUGUGGACGACUUUGAUUUCGACUUCGACUCUGAUCCUUUCGCCGACGGAACCGUUGUCGACUCCGGUAACACCGACCAGGAGGAGAAGAAGACGGAUUUGGUGACUCUAGGAGAGUUGAAGUGGUACAAACUGCGAAUCACAGCGGAGAUUCCAAAGUACGGCCAGAAGGCUUCAAAGAUCGUGAAUGUGAAGGUGAGCCCCAGGCCGAUUCAGCAGCCGCGGUAGAGCGGAUCGUUUGCUUGACUCACUGAGUAUUAGGUCAUUACUUAGUACCGAGUCGAAUAAACAAACUUUCUCUCAACUUGUCAUAGUUUCAUUUCAGCUUUUGUUAGGCUUGUUGUACAGUUGCUCGCUUACCUAAAGCUAACGUAGUUCCCUGCCUGCCAGUCUUGUGUUUGGAAGUUAUAUCGAGUCAUGUAAUCUUGUGUAAGAAGUAG